CAAUAUAUAUAUAUAUAAAAGAUAGCAAGAGAUUCAGAUCCAGGAAGAGUAGCUAGCUAGCACUCUCGUUAUCAGCAACUUCUUACUCCUAAGCACAAAACACAUUGCCGUUUCCAUUAACCAUCGUCGACUACCGGAGUAUUAACCAAUGUUUUGUAGUCUUCUAAUCAUUCUACUGGUUAUUACUUCACAUGAUGUUACGGCAUCACAAUCUGUCCUCGUCAAGAGCCUACCAGGCUUUCCUGGAGAUCUGCCUUUCAAACUUGAAACCGGAUAUGUGAGCGUGGGCGAUUUUGACGAGGUUCAACUCUUCUAUUAUUUCAUUGAGUCUGAAAGAAACCCAAAAGACGACCCUCUCUUGCUUUGGCUUACUGGAGGUCCUGGUUGUUCAGCAUUUUCUGGACUCGUAUAUGAAAUAGGUCCGUUAUCAUUUGACCCUGGAAAAUCCACUGGAAACUUACCAAAUUUGAAAUUGAACCCCUACUCAUGGACAAAGGUUGCUAGCAUAAUAUUUUUAGAUGCACCAGUGGGUACGGGAUUCUCAUAUGCAAGUACUGCAGAAGGAUACAACAUUACUGAUACCUUGUCAGCCAAAGAAACUUUUACUUUUUUAUGCAAGUGGCUAAUGUCUCGCCCCAAGUUCCUCCAAAAUCCUCUGUAUAUUGGUGGUGAUUCUUAUUCAGGCAUACAAGUUCCAAUCAUCGUUCAGAUCAUAUCUGAUUAUAAUGACGAUGAACGUGGCCCACCAAUGAAUCUCAAAGGAUAUUUGCUUGGAAACCCAGUCACAGAUAUACAUAAAGAUAAGAAUACAAGAAUCCCCUUCGCUCAUCUCAAAUCGCUUUUAUCGGACGAGCUUUAUGAGGCAACUAAAAUACAUUGCAAAGAGGAGUACCUACAUGUAGAUCCAAAUAAUGCAUUGUGUAUAAACGAUCUUCAGGUUGUAAAUGAGUGCCUUCAAAAUAUAAAUCUAGCACAAAUUUUGGAACCAUCAUGUAGUGUUGAAAUAUGGAAAUCAAGGCAGAAUCCGACCGCCGUUGCCAUGGAUUCCGAUGACUUGCUUCCUUGGCCUCAUCGUUAUCCGGAACCCUGGUGUCGCAGUUACAUCUAUCUCUCCUCUUAUAUUUGGGCAAAUGAUAAAACUGUUCAAAAUGCUCUUCAUGUCCGGGAGGGAACCAUAAAGGAGUGGGUGAGAUGCAAUAAAAGCUUAUCAUAUGUGUAUGAUGUCCCAUCUAGUCUCAUUUAUCAUAGAAACCUCGUCAAGAAAGGUUAUAGAGUUCUGAUUUACAGCGGUGACCACGACAUGGUAAUUCCAUAUUUGGGAACUCAUGCAUGGAUAGAAGCCUUGAACUUGACUCUGGUCGAUGAUUGGCAACCAUGGUUUGUUAAUGGACAAGUUGCAGGUUACUCGACAGGGUAUAAGUACAAAAAGUGUCAAUUAACAUUUGCAACAGUAAAGGGUGGAGGACACACUGCUCCAGAGUAUAAGCCAGAAGAAUGCCUUGCUAUGAUAUAUAGGUGGCUUGCCUUUUACCCUCUUUAAUUAAUUACUAUUUUUAGUCAAUAUAUGUUAAAUAAAGCACCCUCUAAAGAUUGCAUUACGAACCAAUAUCGAUUGGGCAAUUCCCAACUUGUUGCACUAAACUUCCAUAUAUAGCUCUUUGAGUUGGUUGCAAAAAAACUUAUAAAAAAACUAACUCAAAAAUAAGAGCAAUAUAAUAUAAGCAAUUAAUUAUUAAUUUAUUA